AUGGCUUUUUCAACUAUUGCUGAUGAAGAUAAGCUAAUAGAGACACAUGGAGAUCAAUCUUAAUAAAAUAGCAGUAGUAAACCAGCUGCUCCAAUGCCAAUGAGCCCUAUAGCAGCUUCUGCUACUGUGAUCAAUCUCAUUUUGGCUACAGGACCAUUCAGGUAUAUAAAAUUACUCUUUAUUGUUCAAAACUAGUUAUCCAUAUGCAUUGGCUUCUCUAGGUCCAUUGAGGUAAUUUCUUCAGCAAAUGCUGAGAAAAGUCAAGGCAGGCUCGAUACUCUGUUCCCUGAAUAAGUUUAUGCAACACCUGAAAUGUUAAUGAAAUUCAAUUCUAAGGAUAUAGGUCAUAAGACAUCGCCAUUUUAUAUAAGAUAAAAAGUUGAGCUUGGCAAAUUAGUUGAGUAGUUUUGCGCUCCUUGGAUUAAAGUUGCUUCAAUGGUUAUUCUAGUUAUAUACAUGUAUGGAGCAAUGUGUCUUAAAUACUCAAGUGGAGCUGAAAGCUUUGUUCAAGCAGUGUCAUUUACGAUCUAUCAUGAUGUUGAUGAAUGGGCUCGUAACUCCCCUGUUGAUCCUUAUUAUUUGGGCAUCUUAAUAUUCGGCUCAUUAUCGCUAUUUUUCUCUUUUGGAAACAUUGAAAACUCAAAGGUUUUACAAAUUGUUACAGGCUUUAUGAGAUUGAUUGUCAUUAUUUUCUUAUAUGGAGGAACAAUUUACUACUUGAUUCAUGAUGGUGUUCAAAGUGCCCCUGUUUUUGAUGGUCCAAGUAUUGCUCAAAAUUUGGCAACUACUUUUGGAAAUACUGUCUUUGUUUUUAUUUUCCAUCACAGUAUUUCUGGUAUUGUGUAUCCAAUUAGACCACAAUCAAAUAUUAAACCUAUGUUCUUGACUAGUCAUUUUAUUGGUACAUUUCUGCUCGGAUUAGAAGGUGUCAUGGCAUUUAUUGCAUUUAGUGGUAUUGAUCAUGAAUGCAGUGGAAAAGGAGUUUAUCCUUGCAGAGUUGCUAAGUUGUUUAAUGAAAAUUUCGUUAAUAUUCCUUUUAUUGGGCAAGUUUGUAAUUUCUAUCCUAUGCUGAAUGUUUCAUCUGUUCCAGUCUUGACUAUUACUCUCAGAAAUAACUUGAUGGAGGUGGUUCCAAUCAAAAGAUGGCUUGCUAAGAGUUAAACAAUAGUUAUCCCCCUAAGAAAUCCCUAAGUAUUUAUUGCAUAUACUGGAGGACUCUGUGGAACUUUCAUUUUAUUUAUUAUACCUCUCAUCUUAGUUUACCACUCCCGAAGUAAAGAUCUCGAAAAAACCUAUGGCUUAAAUUUUAACAAGAGUCCAUUCCAACAUCCAGUUUAUAUGAUUGUGAUUGGAGUCUAUGCUUUCCUAACACUUGGCUUUGUUAUCACAGGCUUAAUAUUAAGCGGUGGUGGAAGUCACUGA